AGUGUGAUUUUGGACCAUAUCAGGUACUGUGUGAUAACUGCCAACAUAUGUGCUCUUUUCCAAUGGUACGUGUGAGUUUGCUCACAUUUGCUGUGUGGUAAGAAUGUGCACAUUGAUAAACAUGCCAGAUCCUAUUCUACUUAUUAGGCAUCUAAGUGUGAGCCUCUCUGCCUUGCUCAAGUCCCUGAAAAAAUGUUAGCAUGCAUACUUUUAUAGCAUAUCAUCUUAGUCUUAAAACUAAGUCACAAAAAACAGUAAGCAGGAGGAGGACACACCCAAUUUUAACAUUACCUGUUUUCUAGGAACUUGGGUGGAAUAGGACCAUACUUAGGGGCCUAGAUCCAUUUAGAGCAUCUGAUAGAACAGUAGGGGGCCAAGCUCACUGCCACUCUGAUCCCCAUCCUCUGACCAAUCUGCUGCUCUGCUUGCUGCUCCCUACUCUGUACUCCUUGCCUGAUUAUCACCUCUGCUUUCUGCUGCUAGCACUGUGCUCCCUGCCCAGUCUGUUCUGUUAUCUGCUUCCUGCUCUCAUAGCUGCUGCGCUGCCUGCCCCUCUCUGAUCUGCUGGGUGCCAUGCACAGAGGCUGCCCCUGCCACUUGUAGCACUCAUGGCGCUGGCUGGCCAUCCCUGUAACAGAAGGAUCUAAUCUUUACAGUGGAGUAGCUGACAAGCUGCAAGUUCACCUUCUAGCUUCUGCUUUAUGAUAUCUUGUUUGUGCAGCGAAGCCUUCAAUCAUCGCUGGGUAAAGAACGUGCAUUUUCUUAACAGUUAAACACUGCAUUUAAAGGCCAAAUUUAAAGACUUUAAAAGUCAAUUAAUUUAUGUAGUCUUCUUUUCUCUAUCAUGUGAUAAGUAUUCAUUGAUCAACACCAGAGCCACCUCUGGAGCUAAAAGCUGAAUUUGCAGCUUGAGCUAAAAUGCUAGUUUUGGAUAUGAACAACUUAUUUCCUCUGUGAAGCAAGCACUGAGAGUCGCCUGUCACACAUGAUACCCUUUGGUUACACUUUAACUUGCCCUUUUGUGUAUUUCCAGUGAAUAGUCCCCCUUCUUUCUAUUCUGUGCCAUUUCUCUUCCCCUCUACACACACUGGACCUUCUGUCCACCUCUCCUCUUCCCCUUUUGGCAUUUUUGUCAACCAAGAAUACAACCAAGGUCCAAGAACCGGACAUCAUACACAGGGAGCUGGGCUUAAUGAAGAUACAAGCCCUGCACAGAAAUGAAUGGCAGCAACAUACCAUUCUCCAUGUCUGCAGAGGGCAUCUGAAAUAAAAAAAAGAACGGUGUGAUCUGAAACUCAGUGUAAACUCUUUCUAUAACAGAAUCCUGAGUGGAAAGGAGGAGGACAGUCUUGACAUAAAUGCCCUGAGGAAGAGGGACUUCAUGAGAUGUCACCUAGCAGAUCCAAAGGGGAUGCGUCCCAGAAUCCUCACCACUGGGAAUCUGACAAGAAUAAGCCCAGACUGGGAAGGCAGCAGAAAAACCCUCCAGAGAAGAGAGAGAUAAAUACAUUCCCUGCCCAGGAGGUCUCAGGAAGGUCAUUUUCCACCAGAAAACCCCAUCUGGGAGAGAGGCAAAAUACAUGUGCUGACUGUGGGGCAAGACUUUAUGCAGAGCUCAGGCUCACAAGAAUUUGCCCAGGAAAGAAAAUCUUUGAGUGCCCCGAGUGCAAGAAAGUCAGCAUCUUUGAAGAAUUGGCACUGACACCACACUGGGGAAUGCAUGGCAAGGGAAACCCAUAGCUGUGUGCGUCCUUGCUGUGCAAAACACUUCCAUCGGAGUAGGUGUUUCUGUAGGAGAAUCCAGUGCCACUGCCCCAUUCAGGCAAAAUGAAAUAGUGAUCGUUGGAGGACCUUAAAGGCUGGGGAGGACGGAGUUGUUUAUUCCAUAAUUGGCCAACAAAGGACAUGCAGGACUUGCUUAUCAGUUAGAUCCUUAGGAGGAGGGGGCAAGGGGACUGAUGAUCUGAUGGUUCCUUAGUGUGAGUAGCAGAUGAUAGGAGAUAAGAUGGACAUGGGGUUUGUCCUUUGAUUUUAUUAGUGGCCUGUACGAUAUGAAUUAGCAUAUUUCUGACCCGUUUAGAAAUGGGAUAGGAUAGGUGCCCUGACAACAGAAAUGCUCAGUGCAUUUAAUGUUUGCAGGAUCCUCUAUCUCAGCAAAAAGUCUGAGGACUGAACCCACCACAGUGUCUGCAAUCGUUACCCCUCCCUGAAGGUGGUUCUCCUGUGGUAGGACUGAAAUGCAGCGCUCUGAUACCCUGCCUAGAGCACAGAGAGAAAUUGUCUGCAAACUAUUUACUCAGCAAAUCCAGCCUCUCUCCUUGCUGGUGGCAGCAAGCCACAGAUUCCUCUUGUCCACUUCCUGUAUGAUAGUACUUGAUAACUCAUUGGCAUAGUGUUAAUUUGUUUGUGGCAAUACUUGAUAGCCAUUCUGAACGGCCUUGGUUAGCAGUGAUUUUACACGUGGUGUUUACUGUUUCCCCUAGUGUGAAAGGAAUAACUCUGUAAGAAGGACUUGAGGGGACUGCUAUGGCUCUGAGUAUCUCAGGGAGAGGGAGCAGCUUAGCAGGGGACAAGAAAAGAAGGCUAGGGAAAGGCAGAUUAUUUUAAAAUCUCUUCUAUACAUCACCACUGGCCUUACCUGAAAUGCCAUUCCUAGAUCACUUUGGCUGCCAGUGGGUGCAAGAUUUCAGUGUAACGAUGCAGGUGCAGCCUACAAUGUGUGUGAUGAGGGUUCAGUCAGCAUCUUGUCUGGUUCAUUUUAAGUGUUUAAGUGUCAGAGUCCUGCAGUGGGGUUUGGAGCCCUGUCCCAUUCACCAUCAGUAGUGAGCACGGUCCUACCCAGAGUAGCCUACAGCCUCUACCAGUCACUGGAACACCAUGAAAAGAAGCAAUCGUAGCAACACAGGAUGGAGGAACUUGUCUGCCAAGCAGCCACGUGUAAGCCCUAACCAUAUGACUGGGAUAAGUCCAAAUGCUGGCUCUGCCUUAGAGUUGUCCUCACAGCCAGGUACGUCUGUCAGCCACCAAUCACCAGAAUCUGCCACAGAGAAACACCACUUAUCUGUGCCUGCUGUGUCUGGGAUCAUUGGGGAGUCUGGCACUGGGGGCCCCCUUUUUAUUCCAGAUGAGGUGUUGCAGGUUAUCAAGGCUGAGGCUGAUGAGGAUGGAGCCAGCGUGGCUGGAGAGGCAGGCUCAUCAGGGGGCGAUACAUUUUCAGGCUACUCCUCUGGGGUAGAUGGGGAGGCUCCCAUGGAUCCGAUCACCCCUGAGGGUAUGGAGGGAGAAGAGGAGGUCAGUGAUGGGUUGGGACACUCUGGUGGGUUAGAAGGAGAAGUCAAGCAUCCAGUGCUAAUAAACUCAUACUUCGCCAGCAUCCAAAAACAAAGCAAACAAGCUCUCCAGAUUGGGGGGGAGAUCAGCCCUGAGCCAAGGGAGGCCAUAACAGAUAACAAGGCAGAGGAAAAUUCCCACACUGUUGUCCCUACUACUUCAUAUGUGCCAGGGGUAAGGGUGCAGGGCACGAGGCCAGGAAGGUACCAUCGACAGAAGUCAUGGGUGUGGGAAUACUUCUCCAUUGACCCUGGGGAUCCCACCCGUGUCACUUGCAUGAUCUGCCAGCAGAUGGUCAAGCGGGGAACCGACCCCAAACGUCUGGGUACGUCCUCACUUGGCAACCACAUCAAACACAACCACAAUGUUGUCUACAUGCAUCAGAAGAACCUGAGUGGGCAGCAGCCUGGCACAGGUGGGGCAACGGAGCCUCACUCGACCUUACAUGGUGCCACACUAAAGCAGAGGCCAGAGUGUAGCACCAGCCGGGCCCCCGCCAUCACCAAGAGACUUGGCACCUACGCUUCCCACCUGUCAGUCAGUGAGAGUGUGCAGAGCAGCACGAAAUACCACCGGGCACACCCUCGGGCACUCGCACUGAAUGCUGCUUGCGCCAAGAUGCUAGCUCUUGACCUCCUGCCCUUCUCCCAUGUGGAGGGUGAGGGCUUCCGAGAAAUGAUGGCAGCAGCUGCUCCACGCUGGCAGGGGCCCAGCCGCUCCUUCUUUUCCAAAAGGGCAGUGCCAGAGCUGUGCCGGGCAGUGAAGGCCUCAGUGCUGCAGGCUCUCAGGGGCUGCAAGGGUGGCCGGGUGCACCUGGCAGUGGACAUGUGGACCAGCGGGCAAACCACUGACUACAUGUCCAUCAGCGCCCAUUGGGUGAGCCUGAGCAACAGCAGCAUCCUGCGCCAGCAUGCCACUCUCUUCAUGUGUGGUCUGGAAAAACAGCACAGUGCUCGGCAUGUGCUGGAGAGGCUGCAGGCCGUUAUUGGGGAGUGGCUGACACCCCUCUCCCUUUCGCCAGGCUUCGUAGCCUCAGACGAUGGGCAGCGUGUGAGGCGGGCUCUGCGGGAGGGUGGCUUUCCCCACGUCAUGUGUCUGGCGCACUGCCUAGCCCUCGUGGUGCGGGAGUUCCUACACAGCAAUGAGGAAGUGGACAGGGUCCUGGCAGCCACCAGGAAGAUCUGCACCUAUUUCAGCUGCUCCUACGCUGCCCGCCACCUCCUCUGGGAGCUGCAGGUUGAAAAUCACCUGCCCCGGCACCAGCUAAAGAAAGAGGUGGCUGCCCGGUGGAGCUCCACCCUGCGCAUGCUGGAGCGGCUCUACGAGCAGCGAGCUGCUAUCCAGGCCUGCCUGCGCCGCUCUGCCCAGGCCCAGCGGGACAGGGGGCUGCACCUGGCACCGGGUGACUGGCCCCUCAUCCACGCACUUUGCCAGAUCCUGCGGCCCUUUGAUGAUGCCACAAAGCUGGUGAGCGGCGCUAAUGUGGGCAUCAGCCAGGCCAUCCCACUUAUCUGUCUGCUGGAGAAGAAGCUGCUUUCGCUAGUGCAGCAGUAUGAGGGAGAGGGUAACGAGACUGGCCUGGCCUUGGCCCACAGCCUGCUGCAAACCUUGCAGGGCAAUCGGCAGAUAAUGGAGAUACGCAGCCAAGAGCACUACAUCCUUGCCACCUACAUGGACCCCAGGUUUAAAAAUAACAUGGCUGCCUUCAUGCCCAGUGGGGACAGCAGCCUACACUGCUGGACACAGAGACUGAUUGAUGAGGUGGCUGAGAAUAUCCGGGACACCAGUGAGACAAGCACGGGCCAGAGGCAGCAGCAGUGUGAGGGCAGUGCCUCAGACCGGGGCAGGUCCCUUUGGGACAGCCUGGAGGACUUUGGACUCAUAAGCGUGGCCCCUGCCUCCCAGGAUUCGGCCAAGGCCCAGGCAGCACAAAUAGUAGAGGGAUACCUGCAGGACACUGUCCUCAUGUCUGCCAGUGCGGAGCCGCUGCUGUACUGGCAGCUCAAGAGGGAUGUCUGGCUGCCUCUCUUCCAGGUGGCUGUACAGCAUCUGAGCUGUCCCCCCUCCAGCCUAUACUCUGAGCAGCUCUUCACCACAGCAGCCACCAUUGUGAAGAACAGGCGGACUUGCCUCUCCACAGGCAGCGUGGAGAGCUUGGCCUUCAUCAAGAUGAACAAGCACUUGCUCCCACGGGAGUACAGGGUGCCAGAGCAUGUGGCUGGUGGCCAAGAUGUGGCUCUGCAAGAUAUAGAGGAGGAAGAAGAGGAGGAAGAGGAGGAGGAGAUGGACGAUAUCAUGGAGUGACUCUAAUCAAGGGGCACCACCUUCUUAGCAUGCACGGUGCUGGGAACCAGUUUGCGCUUGUCUUACUAACACUGGGAACUCGCACACAGGAAGGGGACAACUUGGUUGGCAAGGGGCGUUGAUCCCUCCCAGUGUCAGCACUCCUUUCUCUCGCUCUCUGUUUGUUUGGCUGCAGUUCAAGGACUUGGAUUUUUCUGCCUUUUCCUACUCAUCUGCAAACAGGCAGCUGUACAAAGAGCAGCCUUGAGGUUUUCAAUGGGCCUGUGAUUAUCAUUAUCUAACUAUUUGUAUGUUUGUGUAUAAUAUAUCUAUAGCUAUAUAUAUAUUUUUUUUUUUUUGCGGCAUUUUAUGAUCCACAACGGGAAAUCGUUGUGCUUAAAUAAGGGCAGCAUCGUUGCCUGACUUAACAAAGCUACCUUUUGACCAGUACAGAGAUGGCAGUGAAGCCCUUGACAGGACCUGUGUCAGUGAUGAUAUGCCAGCAUCGUCUUUCCACUUAUGGGCAUGUCUGUACAAAGAUUUGCGCACAUGCAACCCUACCACUGACUUUGGGUCAAUUGUAACUGGCCCCUGCAGAAAGAUCUUAGUAGAAGAAUAUUGGUUGGGAUAACAGAAAAGACGUUCAGGGUACAAAGCUGUUUAUCCCUUUGAGAGGUCUGCUUUAUGGGGCCUCCCAGUUUAAUAUUGUAAAACCUGUCAUUAAAUUGACCAGAAAAACAAACGUUCCAGUAGUGGUGAGAUUCCAGGAACUUUUUGCUAGCAAUACCUUGUAAUGCUGGUCAUUACAUGUGUUUUAAGAAAACAGUCUGAACAUUAAUGCCAGUGUUUUCAGAAACCACGUGGCUAAAAUUGCAGGAAAAAGGAUGACAUUUUCAGAAGUGCCUAAACAUGAGCUGAUAGAUUUGCUAUGGGACUUGCACUCCUAACCCUUUAAGUAGUUUUAAAAAUCCCACUCAAAAUCCAGAAACUGGUUUAGGUGCCUAACUCUGGCCACUGGCCUGGGGAACUUUUGAUCUAAUGCAGCCAUCAGCAAUGUUCUUACAUUGAUGCAUACUUACCCGUGAAUGGGUUUUGUCCCUAAGCUGAAUAAAAGUUAUAUGUUUAAAAAGCGGGGAAAGCAGAGAUAUUCUUCAUUCAGCCCUGCCUUGAAAAUGUACAUUA